GCGCCGCGCCGCGCUCUCGCCAGUUGACGUAGGACCGCGAGCGAGGCAGCAGUGACGACUGUGACCACACUGUACGACUGUGACGAGUGCGCUGUAGGAAAGUAAAGUGAACCAAGCCAACAUGGACAAGCUGGCAGCCCUUGCCUGUGUGCUGCUCCUGGCCGGAGCGGCCGUCGCCCACCCAGGACGUCCAGCACCAUGGCGCCGAGCCUCUGAGGAGUCGCCGGACCGCGACGUCGAGGUGGUGGAGCCGGUGCGCGGCGGCGGAUCCCGCGCUGGCGGCCGCGGCGGCCUGGUGCCCGUCGAGGCCGACGCCAGCGACGAGAGCCCCCAGGAGGUGCCCGUCGGCAUCAUCAUCCGCGACCUCGGCAGCAUCGGGGGCUUCGGCGGCCUCGGCCUGGGCGGCUUCGGCCCCGUCAGGCCCGUCAUCGUGCGCACCCUGGGCCAGCCCGGGCCCCGCGACUCGACCGAGGACUCCGACGAGGAGCAGCCCGGCGGCUACCUGCACCCCUACUUCGUGGACCCGAUGAGCAACUUCAUGGCGCAGAUGGCUGAGAUGAUGGCCGCCAUGCGUCGCCAGAUGGCUGACGUGCUGAGCCGCGGAGGCAUCGACAGAGAAGAGGGGCCGGACUUCUCCAAGCUGGGCAACACCACCUCCACGACCAAGGUCGUCGACGGCCACGUCGUGACCGUCAACGAGACCGUCAUCGGCGGCGACGACGGCGACUCGGCCGUCCUGCACGUGCGCGUCGUGGACAUCCACCCCUCCGAGUCCCCCGCCGACGCCGAGGCCCCCGGCCAGGCGGCCACCCCCAGCAGCGCCCAGGACAAGGACAGCGACCGCGACGUGGAGCCCCUCGAGAGCAGCAACGAGGUGACGAGCAGGAAGCCCAGCCGCAGCGAGAACGAGAUCCCCAUGAAGCCCCUGAAGCGCUCCGUGCGCUCCACACAGAGGCGUGCCGCCCCCGCCCGUGCCCCCGCCCGCGGCGACAUGGCCUCGACCGGCGACGACGGCGACGACGACGACGACGUGCAGCAGUACCAGAUGCCCGUGUUCGAGCCCGACACGCAGCAGUCGCAGGUGCCCGUGUUCGACGUGCAGCAGCAACAAGUCCCCGUGUUCGACGUGCAGCAGCAGCAGGUCCCCGUGUUCGACAUGCAGCAGCAGCAGGUCCCCGUGUUCGACGUGCAGCAGCAAACGCAGCAGAGCGGCCAGCUGCGGCUGCUGCCCGCCGGCACCACCAACAACAACCAGGUCGACGGCUUCGACAAGCCGCGCCAGCAGGGCGACCUGAGCCGCGACACCCUCGUCAACGUGAUCCUGGAGCGGCAGCACCAGCGCGGCGGACUCAUCAUGGUGGACCCCGACGCCGAGCUGAUGGACGUCCGCGACGGCAAGGUGGUGCGCGCCUACAGCCCGGGCAGGCCCAGCAGGCCCGGCAGGCAGGCCCGCAGAACGGCGUCGCCGUCGUGGGAGACGUUGUCCUGGACGCGCUGAGUGCGGAGGCCCUGCCGGCCCUGCGCUUAGGCCGCCCACCGCGCGCCCGAGCCAGUUGGGAUGCCUACCCUGGCACCGCCAGGCGCUAGGACUCCACUGACUCCGCGAACCGCGCGCAGAACUUUCUCUCUCUUUUCGUGGCCAGGGCCACUCGAAACGGGACCACAGGAUACGAAGAACAUUCCGAAACGAAAAGUAGCAUUUCGUAUGUCAUUGUAAAUACGGUGGAGGACAGAUAGAAGGGUGGUGGCCACUUAUGAAGCAAAUGUGGCAACCUCUGUGAUAAAGGGAAAGAAAAGGGUUCAGUUUUUCUUUCGGUCACUAAAACAACGAAAAAGUAUUAGAGAGUAAACAGGUUACGAGUUAGAACUUUUGCCAAAGAUUUCAUCUAUGAGUCAAGUUUUUGUGUCAAGCAUUCUGAUUGAGUCCAGAAUGUACAUUGGAUCGUGGGCUGUCUAAGCAGAGACCGUAUUAUUCAAACAAAGGAUUAGUAUCAUCCUACACUAACAGAUGAACCUCUCAUAUUCUAUGGUUUCGUUAACCUUAUUUAUUAUGCAUAGUCGUUAUUGUCGAAACAUAUGUACAACUUUCAUUCAUUUGUAAAUGAGCGUAAAAUACAAAUAAAGUAUAAUUUAUCCUUGAA